GAAAAUUCUCAACCUUAGCUGGUGCUUGUGGAAAUGAGCAAUCAAGUUUCGUCUUCAAAAAAAAAUUUUUUUUAAUUAUUUGAUACUCAAAAAACAAUAACGGAUCCAUUGGUCCAUAAAAACUUGAAUAAAAAACAACAAUUUUACCGGUUCUGUUCUUGGUUCCUUUUGCCUCUAGAAACAACUUGAAUGUCGAAACUUCACCUGAGCAUUAAUUAAUUGAAGGUUGCGUUAAGCAAUUUUUUUAAUUUUUUUCCGUUAUUUUCUAUCAGCGAAUCUUGAAUAUAAGUGUUAUGAAAUGACUCUUAAACAAUUUUUAUUUACAAGGACAGAUAAUAUGAUGAUUAUUUGCUAAAAAAAAAAAACAAAUAAGAAACACACAAAAAAACUGGAGGCCUUUUCUUAGCAUUAACUUAUAGUAGACUGCAAGGACCGAGUCGAAGUAAUCCCGUAGUUGUAAAACCAAAAACAAAACCCACCUGUUACCUUCUUUGCACAACGUAACGUAAAGAGGCAUUAACAUGGUUUGGGAUUGGGCCGUUGGUGGCGUUACCGAGGAGGUACCGCGCACUAUGGGCCCAGAAUGCGAGAAUUAUAUGACAAAUCGCCGGAGAAUAAUAGAAGCUAUACUAUUUUGCCUUGUGUUUAUUUGCGUUAUACGAUGGGCCAUAAAACGCUUGGAGCCUAUACAACUGCCGGAUGCCAAAGAAUUAAAUAAACCUCAUAGCGGCAUGCGGAUAGCAUUAUUGCUCACCAUGACAUUGAUAUUUGGCAUUGAGAUGGGUUUUAAACUUGCCAAUAGAUCUGUGAUAUUUGUUUUAAAUCCUUGUCAUAUCCAAACGUUAGUGCAAAUUUAUAUCUUAGCCGCCAAGCCAAGCAGAACGACUACAGCGCUGUUUCGCAUACAAAUGAACAACUUAAAUGGUGCAUUUUUGGCCUACAUAUUUCCCGAGGUUGAAUGUCGAACGCUACCAUUUGAACAGGCCACUUAUUGGAUACAACACGCUCUAUUAUAUAUAAUACCGGUGUAUAUUCUCCGUUCGGGCCUGUGCCAAGUCGAGGAUUUCCGUGACUUUAAUUGGGUCAUAAUCGGUGUGGAGUUUCAGUUAAUUUACCAUUUUAGCGUUUUAAAUAUUUUUUCAAUGUAUACUGGGAUUAAUCUCAACCAUAUGCUUUGUGCUGCUGAAAGUGAUCCUUUUCAAGGUCAAAAUUACCGCAUUGCCGCUGUGAUACACGAGUCAAUUCUAUGUCCCAUACUUAAUAAGCUAACGGUAUAUUUGUUUGCUAAACCUCAAAGCAUACAAUAUUCGACCAAACGGAAAGGUGCUUCAGUAUCAACCAUGAGGUCGCAACAACAACACUAUGAACAGUUAACAUUACAAUCGUCGCCGUCGUCGUUGUCAUCAUCAUCAUCGUCAACAGCCACACGAAAGGUGUCGCAAACUCAAAAACUUCAACAACAUAAACCGCCCACUACAUGUAAUAAGUUAUAUAUGCCGGAAGAUGGCGCACCAUCUCAACUGAUACAUCGUAACAGUAGGGAGCAGAGCACAUCGUCUAAAUAUUUACAGGACGAUGAUUUUAUGUUGGAGCAGGAGGCGCCUGCUUCUGCUGAAUAUAGAAUGCCUACAACUAAAAUCGAUUAGUAUUUAUUUGGUAAGAUCAUAGUUUCAUUAAAAAACUAUAAUGAACUUCUUCUCCUCCUGCUCCUCCUUCUCCUUCUCCAGUCGCAUACUCUUGUUGAAACAAAUGUAAGCCCAUGUGAUUACAAUGUAAAAAAGGAAAUAUAAUUAGGAAAACCUAAAAACCCAAAAUGAAUGAUAUAUCGUUUGGGUCAUUCAACAAUAGGAGUUUAAAAUGUAGGAACUAAACGAAUCUAUCUUUAUACAUACAUACCUGUCUGUAUUUGUACAUUAACAUUUGUUAAAUACUUAAUAAUAUGCAUUAGUUAGAUGACCAAUCCCUUCAGCAAUAGCUAGUGAGAGAUUUGGCAGUUCAAGUGAUCUGCCAUUUUACCCUAUACAAGGUAGUGUUACUUGCUCAACUUGAAAAAUGAAUCAUUUUAGUUGUCAAAAUUUAUUUCUUAAUAGUUUCGAAUGAUCCAAUGAACUACCGCAUCUUAUUUACCAUAAUCUACCCCUAUGUUAAAUGUUGUUACUACUUUAUUAACUUUUUAUUUAUAAACGACGAGAAGGACAUUGGUUUUACAUCUAGUUUAAAUAUAAAACUAAAGCUUUGCACUACCUUGUUUAUAAAAUCUAUAUAUAAAGCAGGGUAUUCUGUUCUGCUUUUCACUCGGAAUGCUGUCAACUCCAUACAAAAAAAAACGUCGACGUAGCACUCUGCUUACGGUGAGGAAAAUGACAAAAAAAUAUAUUGGCCACACUUGAAACCAAGAUAUAUUCAUUUACAGGUAGUGGCAAUUGCCCAACAACAAAAUAUUGAGCAUACUAUUUGUCAAAAUCAGUGAUUUGUGCAACUCUGAUUUUGAGUAUGUUACUGGUUCACGCCAUUUUUCGUUGUUUGUGUGAGUAAUGGUUCUUAAUACACAUACACAACCAAAACUCGUUGACAGAUAGUGCACUUCGCGAGAAAAAAUUGUACUCAGCUGUUUGCGGUACACUAGCUGAUAAUUAUGCCAUGCUUGAAACCCUCGCCGGCAUCAUUUUUGUUUGUUUUAUUGGUUUCAAUGCUUCGUUUUAUCUCUGUUAUUUUAUUUAUUUGCAAAAAUAUAUAUAAAACAUAAAGUGAAGAUAAAAAAACGUCUUUUGGCAUAAAACAUAAAUAAAUGAUUGCUUUCAAACUUCAGCGACUAUUCCGAAAGUAGAACAGAAUACCAACCCUAAGCUAAAGCUGGCCAGAUCUGCUUAUUUUUUUUUAUAAAAGAUGGAACUACAAAUUUUGAAGGGUCCAUAGGUAAUUUUUGGGUACGUUGUGUGCCUAUGUAUAUAUAUUUUAUAACCUAUUCUCCAAAACCUUUUUAAAGGGUCGCUAAAUAUGGACCGUUUCUGUGCCUAAACUUUUGUUUUUCCUUUGCAUUGUCGUUAUCCUUUCUUUUUUAUUUAACGUUGUCCUGAUCGGAAUACAUAUCCUCUGUAGGGGAUUUGGGGGAUGGGGUGGUCCCAGCACAUUUGUCAAAAAAUGUGAUUUUAAAAUUUUUGAAUUUGACUUAUAUCGAGAUAUUCUGUAGAACGGUUAGUAAGAAGUAUCUGUGGGGAAAUCAAAGUGGAUAGGCCUGCAAACUUUCAGAUAUCUAUACUGACAUGCCGGGAGAGUGAAAAGCUCACAAUGAUCCUUUUGAGAAAAGCUCUGUUGGAGGACACUGCAGCGCAGAGGUUGGCAUGUCCGCGUUUUGACGCUGACCGCCUGAGUUCGAACCCUGGUGAGAACAUCAGAAAAUCUUUUCAGUAGGUUAUCCCCUCCUAACGUUGGCAACAAUUGUAAGGUACUAUGCCAUGGAAAACUUCUCCCCAAAUAGAUGUCGCCCUGAGGCACGCUGUUCGGACUCAGAUAUAAAAAGAAAGGCCCUUACCAUUGAGCUAAAACUUGAAUAGGACAGCACUCAUUGAUAUGUGAGAAGUUUUCCCCUGUUCCUUAAUGGAAUAUUCAUGGGCAAAUUUCCAUUUAUAUCCAAAUAUGAACCGAUUUUGCUCAUUUGUUAGGACCUACAGCUGCAAAAAGUAGCUUUGCAAAAUUACAAGUGGAUUGUGUUAUUUAUUCGAAUGUUCGCAUAAAAUUUCAAGACGAAAUGUUAUAGGAACGUACAUCAACAUAUUUAGAUAUUACAAACGGAAGGACUAGAUAAGAAUUCUACUAGCACUCAUUGCUUGGGUUUAGACCCCAGUUGAUUUCUACGACUUUCGUCUUUCAGUAUGUCAGGGAUGGGAAGUGGGAGUGGCAUAUGAUUAGACCAGAUCCAGAGGUCUUAAAGUUAAACCUGGGAAGAGAGAGAAAUGCCUCUUGACUAGGAAGGCCUAAGAUAGGUCAGUACGAGGAUCAACCCCUCCUAGAAAAAAAUCUUGGGUAUAAAUCCCAGUUGAUAUUAAUAACAUUCGGGCAACAGUAAGUCACGAGAGGCUUGUGAGAGUAUAUGGCUAGGACAGAUCCAGAGGUUUUAAAGUUAAACUGGAGAAGAUGGAGAUAUGCCUCUUCGCUAUGAAGACGAAGAUAGGUGAGUACGAAGACCCACGUACUAACUUCUAUACAAAACAAUCUUAACAUUGCAUAGAUCAGAGCAGCAUUUAGCAGCGAGCAGAAAGGUCUCAUAGAUGUUGGCCACUAUACAGAAGAGUCAUAGGUUUGAAAAAGCAAUAAAUGCCAGGAUGGCACUGCCUCUGCUAGGAUCUGGUCGGGCCGAUUCUGAUAUACGCAGUAUGGUGGACCGCUAUGAAGAGGAUGUGCUGCGUAAUAGUAUUACAAGAAGUCUAACGGAUAUGUUAAUCAGGCCACAAUUUUGUCUAAGAGUCUUAGUACAAUGGAAUAAUGAUUUAAAGGUAGGAAAAGGUCACACCAUAAUCGAAUAAUAGAAGUGACGAUCCGGAACUGAAUGAGUAGUGUGCGAAACACUAAUAGGAUGUUGGAAUGAACAGGAGGAGCCUUAAAACGAAUGCCGCUGGAGCCCUAGAACGAAUGCCUCGACCUCUCACUGAGACUCUCCGCUCGAUACCGCUGAUUGUCCGCGACUGCAACUGCAGCUAUUCCGUAUGGAGCAUUCCACUAUCCGCCUGUGGACUUGUGAAAGCGCCCGAUAGCUUGCAGUUAAGCUUCUCUUGGCAGCAAUCAACACCACAUAGAUCGGACCUCUCUGUUCCGGCCUGUGUGGUGCUCACAGCUAUCCCGUGCCGGGCAGAUAAUAGAUGCUAGGAGUGAUGAAAUGACAAAAAUUUUGGUAGUUAUAGUUGGUCGGUUGGAUAAACUUGAGAACUGUAAAUCGUUUUGUCUGCGCGAUUCGGGUUAAAGAUAUAGGCAAUUAAAGUGCAUGUUACACAGUGGAACGAAAAGGCUUUCACGAAGACGGCGAAUAUUCUAUGGCGAAACCAGGACCACGAUAUGGCGAGAGGAAUACUGAAAAAAAAAAUAUUAUGAUCUACAUCUACACGGUAAGAAAAUGGUACCAUCAUUUGGGUUUGGACUCUAUAGCAGACUUGAACCACCUUAAGGACAUAGAGUGGGAGAAAAAUAAGGGAUUUGUUAAAAACCUGAAAUUCCUAGCAAAGGCUUUUUGAGCUUAUCAUUGUUGUUGUUAUUAGCUUUUCUUUGUUGGGAUCUUCUUGAAUAUAACCUAAGCCAUUUUAGCAGUUUUCUAAACUGUGUGUUUAGAUUCUAGCUAAAUGUAUUGUCUGAGCCCGAGAUUGUGUAGCUCCGUUCAGCAAUGAUUUGCUGAAGUGAGUGACUAUGUGACUAUCUUUCUACUCCUAGUUAGCAACCGUAACAACACUCUGAAAUCACCUAUAGUGCCCAUCAAAGUGGAUUAAUAAAGGUGGUCUCGCGCGAACAGCUGAAACAGCCGGCCAGCUUAACGGUAUUGAGAUGUCAGUUCUGUGUUUACAUGCACAGCAAAGCACCGGAUUUUUUUGCACUUUCUCUUUGUUUGUGUUUCUCUUUCUUUCAUCCUAGUGAGCAAUUUUUGCCGAAUUCGGACAGAGUCUCUGCACAAGUUUCGUAACGAAAGUUGUAUGGGCGAUUUAUACGAAUUCUGAAAGUUUUGUCAGGGGAAAUUUGGAAUUAGCAUCAGAGUUGCGUAACGAAUUCUCUAAGAAUUCGUAAGAAAACUCUAAGGAAAUUCUGAGGGAAUUUUUGAAAUCGCUUAGAUAUUUCAGAUGUUUUGUUGGAUUUUCGUCACAAUUUAAGACAAAACUCUAAAGGAACAUACGAAAUUGACCACAGAAUGGGAACAUUUUCUAAUAUUUAAUCCGAAAUUCCAAACAGUUUUGGACGUUCCAUUGAAAAAUUUGAAAAUUUUCUUGUGUUUUGUCGGAAUUUUUCCCGAAAAGUUAACUGUGAUCUAAAAAAACAUCCGAAGAAAUAACGAAGCCCCUGUAAAAUUUCAGAGGUUUGUUUAGAAAAUAAUCAGAUACUCUCAACAUAUUCGAACAUAUAGUCCAAAUUUUAUAAUUUUAUUUAAUAUGUUUAGAAAAUGAUCGGAAAAUCUCAAAAUUUUCCCUAAUUUUUUUUUUUAUUUUUUAAUUUGUUUAAUUUUUAACUGUUUAUUUAGAGUAAAAUAACAAAAAACAAACAAAAAGACAUUAAAUACAAUUCAUUUCUCUAUUAUACAUUCAUUUAACAAAUGAUAUAAUUGGUUACUACUGCUCGAAUGCUUCUAAUCUAAAGAUGCCCAACUUUCCAAAUUUUUAAGGAAACAUUUUCCUUAGUGAAAGAUUAUUUACUUGACAUAACGCAAUUGAAUAUAUUUUUGAAGUAAAAUGAGAUUGAAUCAGCGAGCAAUUUGUUUAGAGUUUUUAGAAUAUCAAUACUGAUGGCGACUUAAAUUUAAAAUCCUUAUUUUGAAAUCUUUCUUCUUUGGCUCGAAAUCGUUACCAACUUUCUUUCAUUUACGAAUCUUUAAUUUUUAGUAUUUCUUUGUGGGAUUAAAACCUGAUCAUAAAAUUGAUGAAACUGAACGGCUCCUAGGCUAGUUUUCCAUGUUUAGCUUUGGCUAUCCUUGAAACUGAACCAUCUUUAAUUUUUCAGCCUAAAUUGUAUCCCUGUAUUUUUUAGACUCUUCAUGGAAUAAUUUUAUAGAUGUGAUUUAUACUUUGAAUUAUAUUCGAAAUUAGGUUUAUAUUUCUCCAAAAAAAACACAAUGUGCUUAAUAUAUUUUUUCGGUCCAGUUUGUUUUCAAUAAAAUUGUUAUCAAUUUCCUACUCCUA